AUGCCGACCAAUUGCGCCGCGGCGGGCUGUGCCACCACCUACGACAAGCACCUGAACAUCAGCUUCCACAGGUUUCCUUUGGAUCCUAAAAGAAGAAAAGAAUGGGUUCGCCUGGUCAGACGCAAAAAUUUUGUCCCAGGAAAACACACUUUUCUUUGUUCAAAGCACUUUGAAGCCUCCUGUUUUGACCUAACAGGACAAACUAGACGACUUAAAAUGGAUGCUGUUCCAACCAUUUUUGACUUUUGUACUCAUAUAAAGUCUAUGAAACUCAAGUCAAGGAAUCUUUUGAAGAAAAGCAACAGUUGUACUCCAACUGGACCAUCUAAUUUAAAAUCAAACUUUAGUAAUCAACAAGUACUACUUGAACAUAGUUAUGCCUUUAGAAACCCAGUGGAGGCAAAAAAGAGGAUAAUUAUGCUGGAAAAGGAAAUAGCAAGCUUAAGAAGAAAAAUGAAAACUUGCCUACAAAAAGAACGUAGAGCAACUCAAAGAUGGAUCAGAGCCACUUGCUCGGCGAAGACUCUGGAAACGAAUAACGUAUUACCCAAGGGUCCAUUAGAACACCUCUUUCCAACUGCCUUGAGCAGCCUUCCUGUGGGAGAGUUUAAGGUUCUUGAACAUGAUCAGCAAAGUGAAGCAUUACCAAUUCUCUAAGUCUAAAAUAACAAAGUACAUCCCUUAAAGACUAGUCUAUAUAGAACUUGAUGCCCCUUCUUCAUUUCAUUCAAAGGAAAAUGACUUAAGGAAAGUACGCCAAAAUUGGGUAUUUAAUAACAUUUUACUUGAAGCUACAU